AUGCGGCGCUUCCUGCGCAGCCAGAAGGGCCGCUUCUCGCUCCGCCAGAGCCGCUCGGGCUCCACCCGGGGCUACCGGAGCGCCUCCAAAGACUUCUACCUCAUGAUGCCGCCAUCUAACCAGGGGUGGCCGGAGGACUUUGGCUUCCGGCUGGGCGGGGACGGGCCGAGCUACAUCCUGUCGGUGGUGGAGGGCAGCAGUGCCCACAUGGCCGGUCUGCAGCCAGGGGACCAGGUGCUGGAGGUGGACGGCCAGAACGUGUCCACGCUCAGCCCCCCUGCCCUGGUGGCCAUGGCCAAGACCAUCAAGACCGUGCCGCCCAGCAUAGGGGUGGUGUCCCGAAUCGAACAGAUUGACAUCAUCCCAGGCCCUGAUGGCCGUUUUGGCUUCACCAUAGUAGGGGACAGUCCGCUGCUGGUGGAGGACUGCUUGCCCAGUUCCCCGGCGGGCCGCUGCGGACUCCGCGCGGGCGACUACGUGAUGGAGGUGAAUGGGCUACCGGUGAAGCAGCAUGAGAUGGCUGCGGCCAUGAUCAAAGCUUCGCAGGGCCGCACGCUGCGCCUGGGCGUCCUCAGCAUCAACCGCUGGCAGCGCCGCUCGGUUAGCGCUAGCAUGAAGGAGGCAGCGGCUAGUGGGGAGAGUGUGCGCCAGGACCGCAAACACAAAGCACAGGAAUUUAAUAAGAAGGUGGAGGAGAUCCUGGGGGACGAGCCGGAGGUGAAGGAGCGUCUGUUUGAUGUGCUGAAGCAGUAUGCCACCGAGAGGGACGUGGAGAACCUGGCCUACCUCCUUCCGGAGAUCCUCAUCACCGAGGAGCAUCAGCAGCUGAUUGACAGUGUCAGGAUCUUCAUCCCCAAGAAGCACCGGCAGCGUUUCGACGAUGUGGUGUCCCAGAGCCUGAUGAGCCGCCUGAGGGGUCGCAGCUUCAGCGAGCACCGCCACAACCGCCUGCGCCGCAGCCGCAGCGAGGACCACCCCGAGCGCCUGCUGGUGUCCACGCGGGCCAGCUCCGUGCCACGCACGGCCCACGAGGAGGGCCUGCCCCCGGCCUCCCGCGGCCUCCGCAAGACCACCUCGCUCAUCGCCGGGGGACACGCCAGCGCCGCCAACGCCACCAACCGCAGGACUGUGCGAGUGUACAAAGGCAAUCAGAGUUUUGGCUUCACCCUGCGAGGCCAUGCUCCAGUCUGGAUUGACUCCGUUAUACCAGGGAGCCCUGCGGAACAGGCGGGUCUGAAGCCUGGAGACCGCAUCCUCUUCCUCAAUGGACUGGACAUGAGGAGCUGCUCGCAUGAGAAGGUGGUGUCCAUGCUGCAGGGCAGUGGGGCCAUGCCCACCCUGGUGGUGGAGGAUGGGCCCGCCAUGUUCGUGCUGCCCGACCCGGAGCUCCAGCAGCAGCAGGGCAUGGGCAUGGGGGUGGGCGGCGCCUCCCCCCAGGGCCGCUCGCGCUCCCGCUCCCCCGUGCUCACCUCGCUGCAGUGGGUGGCCGAGAUCCUGCCGCCCAGCAUCCGCGUGCACGGACGCACCUUCAGCCAGCAGCUGGAGCACCUGCUGACCCCACAGGAGCGCUACACCAUCUGCAAAGCUCUGGAGGCCUUCUUCCAGCACAGGAACGUGGACACGUUGAUAGUGGACGUCUUCCCAGUGCUGGACACGCCGGCCAAGCAGGUGAUCUGGCAGUUCAUCUACCAGCUGCUGACCUACGAGGAGCAGGAGCACUGCCAGAGCAAGAUCUCACGCUUCCUGGGAUACAGGGUCACAAUGCCCUCUGUGGAGGCUGAGCCGGCCCCUGAGCCCCAUCGGCGCAGCAGCUCCAUGAAAGUGACGGGCACGGCGUACAGGGGCAGCGUGAGGGGACGCAGCUCUGACGACCUGGUCAUCGGAACUCACCUGGGCAUGGGUAUCCGCACGGAACCCAUGGAGAUGAUGGGCAUGAGGCUGGCACCUGGAGAGAGGCAGUCUGGAGAUGGCACAUCCCUACCCGAGACGCCCAACAACCUCACCAACCUGUCAGCGGUGUAUGCGGAGCUGGAGAAUGCCUACGCAGGGAAGAGGUCAAAGUCCCUGAAGAGCCGGCCCCCGCCUGCCCCCGACACCCUGGUGGACCCCUUCCCUCACGCACCCUCCCCCUCCAUGCGCCAGACCUCAGGCAGCAGGAAGGUUCAUCCUGCGCUCCGCCAGUCCCCGCAGCCCUGGACGGAGCCCGUGCCCGAGCCCCAAUACUACCCCCCAGUGCUGCCCACCCAGACCAGCGGCGAGUCCAACCCCUACAUCAGCCUGGACAGCCCCCCGCCCUCGCCCCCAGACUUCGCCCCCAGCCCGCCGCAGCAGCGAUUCCGCAAGCGCUACACCUUCUCGCGGCCGCCGCGUUCUGUAGACACUGAGCACUUCCUGGACGUCCUCAGCCAGCAGCUGGGACAGCCGCCGCCCAUCACGCCUGAUGACUUCCUGUCUCCGGAGAACGACUAUGAGGAGGAUGUUGUCCAGAUGGGCUUCCAGGACCUGGAGGAUGAGGAGGAUUUGGAGGAUGACCUCGACGUCAUCGAGGACGAGGGAGAGGAGGAGGGUGGUGGCGUGUUCCUGCCGCCGGAGCUCAGCAGCGCCAGCGAGCUCCACAGCGGGGCCAGCAGUGAGGACGGCAGCUCCCUCACCUACUCCACGGGCUCCGAGCCCAUCCCCCCGCCCCCGCUUAGCCCGCCUCCCCCACCGCCCGUCCAGUUCAACGAUCCGUCAGGGAAGCAGGUGGUGGUGGUGGUGGUGGUGGGGCAGCAGCAGCAGCAUCAGCAGCAGCGGCAGCCCUACACCCCCGAGCACGGAGGCAGGGUGCUCACCUUCCGCCGGCAUCCCGGACCUCCGCCACCUCCCCCGCCACGCUCCAACCCUCCACCCACGUCCGCCUCCUCCUCUUCCGGGCCCAAGAGGGCCUCGCUCCACAAGGUGCUGCCCACCCGUGAGGACCUGAUGCUGGCCCAGGCCCAGCAGCAUCAGCAGCAGCAGCACCAGCUCCAGCAGCACCAGCAACAGCUCCAGCAGCAGCAGCACCAACAGCAGCUGCAGCAGCAACAGCAGCAGCAGCAACAUCAGCAGCUCCAGCAGCAGAUCCAGCAGCACCAACAGCAGCUCCACUCGCUGCAGCUCUACCAGGAGCCGAUGGGCGGCCAGCUCCAGGAGCACCACUCCCUCCCCGUGCAGCCCACCACCGAGCAGCAGGCCGCCGCCAUCCAGGCGGCCAUGCAGGCCCAGCAGCACCACCAGUCCCUGCCCCCCUUGCCCACGCCGGAAGCCGUGGCCCACUACCAGAUGCAGCAGGCCCAGCAAGCUCAUCAGCUGCAGCAGGCUCAGCAGGCCCACCACAUGCACCAGGUGCAACAGGCCUACCAGGUCCAGCAGCAGCAGCAGCAGCAGCAGCACCACCACCACCGGCACCACUCCCACAGCCCCAUACAGCAGAUCCAGCACAUCCAGCACCAGGUGCAGCCGCCCCCGCCACAGCAGAUCCCCCACCAGACCCAGCCCAUCCCCAUCCACCAGACCUACCCGCCGGCCCAGCCCACUCACCUGCUCCAGCAGGUGCACCAGACCCACCCCAUCCAUCACUCCUACUCGCACCCGCUGCACCCCAGCCAGCAGUACCAGCACCAACAGCAGCACCAACCGGUGCUGACCACCUUCCAGCCCCUGCCGCCCCAGCCUCCACAGCAGCCUCCUCAUCCCCCGCAGCCUCCUCCACCGCCCCAGCAGCCCCAGCCCCAUCAGCAGCAGCAGCAGGCCAGGCAGAGUCCCCAGCCCCAGGCUAUGGCUCAGGGGCAGGUCCAGGGCCACAGUGGCGGUGGUCACCACCAUCAGCACCACCACCACCACUCCCAGCCUCAGCCCCUGCGGUCGGACCACCCCGAGCUGGAGCCUCCUCCACCCCCUCCGCCUCCGCCCCCCUGCGGGCCCCCUCCGCUGCCCCGACAGCCCACGCUGGACGCCCACAUGAACGUCAAGCGGCUGCGCUGGGAGCAGGUGGAGAACUCGGAGGGAACCAUAUGGGGACAGAUGGGAGAAGAUUCGGAUUUCGACAAAUUGAGUGACAUGGUGAAAUAUUUGGACCUAGAGCUGCACUUCGGAACUCAGAAGGCAGCAGUCGCCCCUCCAGAACCCGCACCUCAGCCUGAGACCUUCAAGAAGACUAAAGACGUGGUGGAGAUCCUGUCCCACAAAAAGGCCUACAACGCCUCCAUUUUGAUCGCCCACCUGAAGCUGUCUCCAGGGGAACUGCGUCAGGUUCUAAUGACCAUGGCAACGGAGCGCCUGGAGUCGUCACACAUCAAGCAGCUGCUGUUGUACGCCCCUGAUGAGGAGGAGGUGAAGCAGUACGAGUUAUACAGGGAGGAGCCCAGCAAACUCAGCGAGCCUGACCAGUUUGUGCUACAGAUGCUAUCUGUUCCAGAGUAUAAGACACGUUUGCGGAGCUUGCUGUUCAAGACGUCUCUCCAGGAGAAGACUGAGGAGAUGCGCGGGGCCUAUGAAUGUGUCUACACAGCCUCCAUGGAGCUCAAGACCAGCAAGAAGCUGGCCAAGAUACUGGAGUUUGUGCUGGCCAUGGGGAAUUACCUAAACAAUGGGCAGCCCAAGACUAACAAGACCACUGGGUUUAAAAUCAAUUUCCUCAACGAGCUCAGCACAACCAAAACUGUGGAUGGGAAGUCCACCUUUCUGCACAUUCUGGUCAAGUCCCUUUAUCAACACUUCCCCGAGGUGCUGGACUUUGCCAAGGAAUUGACAACAGUGCCUCUGGCAGCAAAAGUGAAUCAGAGGAUCAUCAUCUCUGACCUGAAUGACCUCCAUGCUACCAUCCAGGAGAUUCGCUCCUCUUGCCAGAAGAUGCCGGCCACAAACGAGGACCGCUUCGCUGUCGUCAUGAGUGGCUUCCUGGAGAACAGCCACCCGGUAUUGCAGUCUCUGGAGUCGCUGCAGCAGAGGGCCAUGGAGGAGUUCUCCCGCGUGGCCUCCUUCUUCGGAGAGAACAGCAAGGCCACCACCAUAGAGGCCUUCUUUGGCAUCUUUGCAGAGUUCAUGACCAAGUUUGAGAGGGUCUUGAGUGACAGCCAGGCAGCAGAAAAUCCCCCAAACCCUCCAAGGAGUCCCCGAAGCCCACGCGUGGCAUCACCCCUCGCAUGGUGA